UUUGUCGGGUGGUCUUGCGAACCGAGACAUACCUACUGAGCUUACCAACUGAGGCUGAUAUUUGGCCUCUAGAUUAUUUAUUUGAAUCGGGAAUUAGGUUUGGUAUUUUAUCCGAUUAAUUAAAUGGUGUUUACGAUACGAAAGUGAAGAAAAAACGAACCAGCACGAGUAUUUUUAACUACGCGACUUGCCGUAGAUUUUCUGCCAUUAUUGUCAUCAUUACCACAUCCCCUUAUCCUGUUUGUAGCAAACAGGUAGCUAGCUGGCUACUCCUACAAUGUUCCUGCGCUCAGUGCUCACAAGUAAGAUUUGGAGGUAGGAUUCCCUUUAUAAAAACUUAUUUUGUAUUUUAAUACAGCGUAAUACGCUGUGUGGAAUAGGCCCCACCCACCCGUAGAAGUAAACAAAGUGUAACGGAGCUGCAUACAGUAGCCACCAUCAUCCUACUCGUGUCGUCGCUUGUAAAUGGAAAUAACUAUCACUUCACAAUGAACUGUCGCUCGGAAGUUCUUGAGGUAACAGUGGAGGCGAGGCAGGUGGAAGAAGCUAUGCUAGCUCUGCUGCACACCAUUUUACUGCACCGCAGCACUGGGAAGUUUCAUUAUAAAAAGGAGGGCACAUACUCCAUCGGUACAGUGGGUACACUGGACAUCGACUGCGACUUCAUCGAUUUCACCUUCGUCAGGGUGUCCUCAGAGGAGCUGGACAGGGUGAUCAGGAAAGCUGUAGCUGAAUUCAAGGAUGCCUUGGGCAACUCUGGCAGCGAUGGCAUGGGGCAAAUCUCCCUGGAGUUCUACCAGAAGAAGAAGUCUCGCUGGCCUUUUUCUGACGAGUGUAUUCCCUGGGAGGUGUGGAGCAUCAAGGUCAAUGUUGUCAACCUUGCCAACGAGCAGGAGAGGCAGAUCUGCAGGGAGAAAGUGGGCGAGAAGCUGGGUGAGAAGGUGAUCAACGUUGUUGAGGUCAUAAAUCGCCACGAAUACUUGCCAAAGAUGCCCACCCAGUCUGAAGUGGACAAUGUUUUUGACACCAGUCUCAAAGAUGUCCAGCCAUACCUUUACAAAAUCACAUACCAGAUCACUGACUCUCUGGGCACCUCUGUAAGCACCACUAUGAGAAGGCUGAUCAAAGACACCCUGGCCCUGUGAGAAGAAAGAUAUGGAUGAGUUUGUCCCUAACUGUAUCUACAUCUCUAUUUCUGCUCAAAAAUAUGGCUUAAUCAGCUCUACUGCUACAAUGAAAGCAGUGUCAGUAUAUUCACUUUUCUGACGUCUCUGCCGUGGUAUUGCUUGUACCUCAAGAUUCUUGAUUAUGUAACGUCCAUUUCAAAGAUUUGUUUUUGCAAAUUGUCUUUACUUUCCACCAACUAGAAAUACAACUUUAACAUAGUAGUGAAUAAUAACACUAUAGACAUGUUAAUUUCUUUAAAAAAUAUGUUAUGUUAUGUUGAUAAUGUCAAAUCUGUAAAUUGUAAAUUUUUGACAAUAAAUGUUGUUCAUUGUAACUGAUGGUAAUUACAGUCCCAGAUCUUUCACACUAACCCUCUGUAAACCUGUCCUCACCUUUGAAAUGAGAACAUCUGCAGGGAGUAAUUACCUCACAAGACUCGAUCAUAUAAGAAGAUAAAAUCAGAUUUUUGUGUGUGUGUGUUCAAAAGAUAUGGAUGAGUUUGGAAACAGAUUUCCUCAUCCAUGUGAAAACUUCCUCUUCGCACACAAUUUCAUGGAGAGUUUGACCUUACACAUGGGUAGGGCAGGAUUUCCAGUUUGCCAUUUUUCCAAAUUAAAGCGAGCACUUCCUAAGUUCUCUCCCGAGUUUCCAGUCAGAAAUUGUCACAGUGGCCCGCAGCCUGAAAAACAUCCCGCUGGCUCAGGGUUGUCUGCCAACAGGAUGAAG